CCGACCGGAGGCAACCACUGGGACCAGUAACAUGGCUUGAGAAUGGAGGGAUAGCCAUGGAGGUCGUGAGAGAGAGAGCAGUUGAAACCAAACAACACGGAUGACAACGUGAGGGAACUGAGCGAGGAAACUCCCAGAUGGCUCUCACACAAGUCCAGGACCAGACUGCCAAAGGGGAGCGAAUCAACAAGGAAACCGGCGAGCUGAGUGCUUCAGGGGAAUUAUCUGUCUCUGUGGAGUUGAAGGAGCAGAAAAAAGAUGGCUCCUGUAGGAACCUUCAACUCCCACAAGAGCUCAGAGAACAAAUACAGGAACUUGCAGUUUACACAUACUCCAACCCCGACCACAGAACUGACCAUGUUCCUUUAGAGCAAAGAGAGGAGCUGCUAGUCCGGGUCCUUCCUCUCUACAUAAAGGUCUGUGAGGAUGGUGGCAGACUUGAAGGUCUGGACGUCAAGGGACUUGCGGCUCUCAUUACUGACACGGUCAUCCUCAACAUCCACAGCAGACUCAGAGAUAGGCCUGCAGAGGGGGCUCGUGAAGAGGUGGUGCAGUUCUUCCAGAGGCCGGACGAGGACAGAAAGUGUGAAAUAGGAGAAAGUCUGGGCUGGCUCCUUUUAAAGUCCCUUUUGCUGCUGACAGAUGACGGCUCAGAUAUAUUGUCCUGUAUAAAUCCAGGGCUCCUUGUUGCUUUGGUGAAAUGUCUGUACCUGCUGGUGUGCCUUCCAGCUAAAAAGGAGAACACAGACGUAGAAGAGACAUUUCAGGAGCCACUAACACAGGUUCUCCUCCAGCUCUGUAGACAGCCAGUCAAUGUGGAGGCACUGGUGGAAACUCAAGAACUGCACUGUCUUAUCAUUGGCCUCACAUCACUAUGGGAUCAGACCAGCGCCCCCUGGAGGCACCAAGCCUCCCGCCUCCUUAAGGCAGUCUCUGCUGUCGCAACAAGCAACACUGUCCCAAGCUUGCAAGGCAAGAACUGUGUGCGUAUCUGCAUCCAGAACCUGUUGCACAUCAGUGCUGACGUCUCUGGACCGCUGCUCGCUGAAGUGGCUGUGGCGGUGUUCAGCUUCAUUAGAGACACCUAUAUCAUCAGCUCUGCCCUCUUCAAUGAGUUUGACACUAACAGUGGCUACCAGGCCCUUGAGAACAUCCUCACACGCUGUGAGGAAGGUGUGUCCGAGGAUCAUUUCCAGCCUGUGAAGGAGUUGCUGGCUCUCAUUGCAUCUUUCAGCCUGCUCGGAAAAACUGAGCUCAAAGUGGUUCUUUGUGUCACCAACCCCCAGCCUCCGGGCUUCAAGUUUGAUCCACCACUUACCAAAGGUUUAACAGUAAAGAACCUGCAGGCCUUCUACCUGCUGCAGGCCUCCUUGCUGCGCUCCCACGAUUCCCUGCUGUGCUGCCAGCUCCUUCGAACCCUGCAGACAAUUUGGGAGAGGGAUACAGCCAAUUUCUUCCUCUUGGAGUGGACAGUCCAGUCGAUGGCUCAGUUGGCUGCCUGUGUGUGGCGUAAACCAGCACCUGCCCAAAAACUUUACUUUUCACUGCUGGAGAUGGUGGUAUUUAAGUUCAACUACAUCCCCCAUGAGACCUUGCGUGCACUGCUGGGUGUGCUGAAGCAGAUUUGGGCUGGAACUCUGGCUGGAGGGGCGGAGGGAACAGAGUUUGGAGUGGUUGCUCUUAAAUGUUUUCAUAGGAUGACAUUGCACAGUGGUAUGCUCGCUGAAGUGUUGAGUGACUGGGGUCUUCUGGAGCUGGUGCUCGGGGAACUUCGUAGGAGAGCUAAGAUCCUCAGGAAGGCUGGAGUUAUCUCCUCCUCUAAAAUAAGUCCCCAGAAAGUGCCAUCUGUGGAAGGACGUGAAAGAUUUCUCACUACCUGUAUGCUUCAAGUUGUGUCUGCGCUUACUUUGCGUUCAAUUAAAAACACAGUUUCAGUUCGAGACCUUGGUAUGGUUCCCUACAUAAAGAUCUUCUUGGAUGAGGAUCAGUAUCGAGCUCCAACUCUGAGCAUUUUGGAGCAGCUAGCUGAGAUAAACCCAGAGGAGUUCAUGAGUACAGCCAUAGGAGCCAUCUGCUCCUCAACACAGCAGGAGCUCAGGUUGAAGUGGGACCUUUUGCAGUCUGUGCUGAAGGUCCUGGAAAGCCCCAACAGCUGGGACGCCUUCAGGAGAGCAGGAGGCUUCACCGGACUGCUGUCUCUGGUGAUGGACAUGGAGGGAGCUCUGGCUGACCCUCCACAAGGAGAAGUGUGGAAGUCCUUGGGGCAUCAAAAGCUGCUGGACCUUCUCCUCCUCGCUGUUCACAUCAUCGCCUUGGCCGUGCAUCUUCACACAGUCAAUGCACACCAUUUUGAGACUGGCGGCUUUUAUGAGAGGCUGGCCGAUGCUCUGCUCCAGCUCGGCUGCUUCCACAGUGAAAAACCCAAGAAAGAGACAUGGGAUGCAGAGCAGGGCUCCUGUCCUGAGACUGCACGGGAUGGUCAGCCUCCUGGGAAGACUUUCCACCAGUUCAUUGACUUAGCAGAGGCUGCUGAAGCCCCCUCCUCUGAAUCCACCACACUGCAGCACAAUCUGCCUGUUACUCUUCGGACAUGUAUAAAGCUGCUUUCGUUUCUUGACCAGUUUGCCGCAGGGGCCUACUCUUCUCAGGAGUUAAACUUGGGGCUACAUCCCGAGAGUGGGUCUGCUGUAGAUAAAGAGAAAGUAGAUGGACCAGCAGGAUAUGAAGGUGUGUGUUCAGGGUCCCCCCCUGCCAUCGGAGGGUCAGGCCUACAGUCAUUGGUGGACACACAGGGAGGAUCCAGGAGCACAGCAACAAGUAUUUCUUCAGUCUGCACAGAGUCUCCCUGCAGUAGGUUCACUCGUGAUCAUGUUAUUCUUCAUCCAGGAGCAAUCAGAGUUAUGAUGACUCUGCUUCCUGCAGUGUUUUCUCCCCAGGACCCACAGCUCUCUAUGGAGAUCCAGUUUUCAUUGGCACAUCAUGUCCAGGCCAUGGUCAAACCUGAGCGGAACCGGCAGAUAAUGUGCGAGGGCGGGCUGGUGUCCACGCUCCUGGCCCACUGUCAGAGCAUGUUGCUGAUUCCAAACCACCCGUUAUAUCUACCUGUUACACGUAUCUUGGAAAAGCUCUCCUCCCAGUCCAUCACCCAUUCAGACUUCAGAAAGUUCCUGUGUUUAGGAGACCCUCUUAUGUGCUUGGCAGACAAAAAAGCAACGCAUUCACAGCCAGCUCCUGCAUUGAAUGAGACAGACGCUGCAGCAGGAUCUUCAGUAAAGACUCUGAAGCGGGCCUUCAGCUUGUUGAAGUCUGAAGCUCACAGUGAAUCUCCUGUUGGUUCUGCCAUCCCCGUCCAUCAGAUCAUUAGUCUGAUAUCCAUGACAUCACCGCGCACCUUCAGACCACACAGAGUCUCCUCCUCACCUGCCUUUGUAGAGUUUGACAUGAGUGAGAGUGGAUAUGGCUGUCUCUUCCUGCCCUCUCUGGCCACAGUCAAAGGAGUGACUGCUGAUUCAAUUUCAACAGGUGGAAUAGGAGGAGACUGCAGGGGUUUUCCGCCCACAGCUGGUCUCUCGUUUUCCUGCUGGUUCCAGAUCAACAGAUUCAGUUUAGCGUGUGAUUCACACCCAAUCCGUCUGUUGUCAGUGGUUCGCCACAUGUCCCGGACCGAACAACACUACAUCUGCCUGUCAAUCUCCUUCUCAGCCUAUGACGGCUGUUUGGUCAUUUCCACAGAGGAGGAUGCAUUUACAUACCUUGAUAUGAUGGAGCCAGACGUUUGCACUCCCACUUCUCUGCCUACAUCACUGAGGCUGCGCUGCUCCAGCAUGCUGGUCCCAGGUCAGUGGCACCAUCUGGCUGUGGUCAUGGCCAAAGAUGUGAAGAAGAGCUGUAUGACCACAGCCUACUUCAACGGCAAGUCGUUGGGGACAGGAAAGAUGAAGUAUAUCCAGCCUUUCCCUGGUCAAUAUGUCUCCAUGGACCCGACAGCUGUGAUUGACGUGUACGGACUGAUAGGAACACCAGCUCUCUGGAAGGAACAUGCUGCUCUUGUGUGGCGAGUGGGUCCUUCUUACCUUUUUGAAGAGGUUUUGAGUCCCGAGGCUGUGGCUGUCAUAUACAAACAAGGAACUGCCUAUUUAGGCAACUUCCUUGCUCCGCGCAACACAGGUGAUCAACCAGAGUCUCUCCUUCUAAGGCUGGUUCCUGAGGAAAGGAUUUCAUUCGGUAUCAACCCAGCAAUUUCGUCAUUAACGACUGUUGUACAGAUCAGAGAGGUUUACAAUGAGGUGGACUGCAGACUGAUCGCUAAAGAGAUGGGGAUAACUUCUCGUGAUAACUCCACGCCCGUGUUCCUUGCGCGAAACAUCUGCCAGCACCUGAGUGGAACAGCUCGCACCAUAGGAGCAGCGCUGGUUGGACAUUUUGGUGUGCGUACGUUCAAACCCAGCAGUGCAUCUAAUGGUUUCCUGUACGUUGGGGGGCCUGCAGUGGUCCUUACUCUUGUUGCAAUGGCUCCAGAUGACAGCUCUUUGUAUGCAGCUGUUAAAGUUCUUCUUUCUGUGCUGGAAACCAACUCUGCCAUGAAAGAGGAAAUGAAACGAAUCAACGGAUACAAGCUGUUAGCUUUCCUGCUGAAGAUGAAGAGAAGUCUGGUCAGCAACAGAACCCUUCAGUUGGUUCUGUAUCUUGCAAAUUCAGUGGAGCUGAACUCUGAAUGUGGUUGCCUACAAAACACACCUGCUUUCCAAGCACUGCUGUGUGACCUGGAGGUUUGGCAGAACACAUCUGAGAACUUGGACCUUUCAGUUCUGAACCACUUUACUGAGAUCCUGAAAUCCUCAAGUGACAGCAGGAGCACUGCGGUCAUGCAUUCUAUAGGCCUGCUACCUAAGCUGCUCUUUGAGCUUUCUGAUUCCAAGGUGAACUUUCAGAAGGUCACGGUCAUUUCCAGUGUUAUUUCAUCCCUCCUUAAAGUUCACUUCACCCCCCUGGACAUGAGCAGACUUGGGCUCUUCCUGGUCUACACACUCCCUCCACUUAGUGACAUGACUGAAGACAAUGAGCUAUUUGACAGUGAUCUUUCCCUGGAAACAUCAGCUCAGAGCACUGGUCCGGCCAGCCUCAUCUGGAUCCGCAACCAGCUGUUAGUGGCGCUUUGUGAAAUCCUCGACUCAGACAGCCUUCUAACCAAAGAUCAGCAGAAACAAGCGUUUGAUUCCCUGGGCAGUGAUUGGUUCCUGCUCUUCCUUCAGCCCCACCUCCACCCUUCUACCUUGAAACUGGGUCUUGUCCUGCUCACACACUUUCUGUCCAAUCCGGACCAGCGGAGCAGCUUCAGAGAAAGCGUGCUUCCAGGAGCCCUCAUUGAAGGCAUGAAGGAACCCAUUACCGUCAUGGACAAUCUUCGAGCCCAUUUAUGGUCAUACGAGUGCCCCAGCACCUCGUGUCGAGGGUUUUAUCUCCUGCAGGGGCUGCUGAUCAGACAGCCUCACCUCCCUCAGGUGUAUGUAGCUCUGGCUGCUUUGCUUUUAGAGAAGAAAACCCGUCACACUGUGGAUGGAAAGGUGCAUUUGGACGAUACCUUACAGUCAAUGAUUGACAGUGAAGAAAACGCUCCUGCUCAGCAGUUCUGUGUUGAAGCUGCUACAAUUCUGCUGGAGUUAGUCAAAGUUGUCAUUACUCAGAACACGCCAGGCACUGGUGCAUCAUGGGAGUUGCAGCUCCCGGCAAGUGUCAUGCAGUUUCUUUGUCUCCUCCAUAACCUUCGGCCAAGAGACCCACUGUGGGUUUCUCCAGAGUUCCUCCAUGCACUCGCUGGAACCGUUUACCCUCUGGACAGCUCAGAGAUUGUUGCUGAGGACUCCUCAACGAGUGACGAUCAGGACACAUUCAAGAGUUGUCAAUCCAGGAAGCCAGUGUGCGACUUCAUCCGAAUACUGCUCAUGGACAGUCUCCUAAAUGCUUCUGCCAACACCAGCACAUAUCCUCCUCUUCUGCUGCUUGAGUUUUGCCCUGAUGGUGCAUCGCUGGAACAAAGGCAGACUUUCCAGACGGAGCUGCUUGAGUUGAUGAUGGACAUCAUUCACAUGCUCAGCCAAGACGAUGAAAACAACACUCAUCUCAACUCACAAGACUCGAGUCAGAGCCCUGAAGGACAGAUGGGCACGUUGAUGGAGAAUGUGGUGCACUUCACUAAGACGCUGCUGCACAAACUUUACAGUGGAACAUUCUUGGGAGAUUCUGACACUUUGCUCAACUUCCUCACAGACCAGAUUGUGGUGGCUCUGGAGAAAGGCCAAACUCAGAAAGAGAAGACGGUAUCUGCCCUCUACUCGUGUACCAAUGAAGUCCUGCUUUAUUUCUUGUCUCAACCGCGUCAUUCCCAAGAAGAAAAGCAAGCGGUCAUCAGGACAUUACAGACCUUCAUGGAAGCCUGGGAUGUUGUCAUGGCAACUUACAAUGCAAACGUGAACUUUAUCACAUGCCUUCUUCAUUGUCUGUUACUGAUACGAUCUGGCAGCUACCCUGACGGAUUUGGAUGUUCUGUGAAAAAAGUUCACAAGAGGAGGUCAUCAUUUCACCUGUUUCCUACCAAAGCCAGACGUUCUGCAGGCCUCAGCAACAGAGCAGACACUAGCACAGAUGGCAGAGAACUAGUGUCCUUAGCGGAGGCCUGCUGGUCAAAGGUCAUGGCGGAGAGACAACGCACGCUUGAAGAGACGUAUAAGAUAGAGAUCUCAGCGACGCACAGGACGGAGAAAGGGUCUGUCAGCAUGACUGAUAUCAGCCCUCUCUGGGAGGAGACGGCAAACAAAGCCUGGCUGCUACACAUAGAAUCUCAGAAGAAGAAGUUGGACAGCAGCACUCAGAAUCCGUUUGAUUUGAUCAGCAGUGCAGUUCGAUCAGCUCUGGGCAGACCAAGCAAAGCGUCGGUUACAGUCGAGGAGUUUCUGACCUGCAUGGAGUCACAUCGACACAGGGGCCACAGCGUGUUUCAGAAUAUGAAGACGAACCACUUACAGUUACAAGCCAGCGAGUGGGAACGGGCAAGCUCUAAGUGGCUGCGUGUGGAAGCUGAGUUGCUGAGGGAGAGAGCUUUAUUUGGACCUGGCCCAGGGGUGCUGCUGACGCAAAACUGGGUGCAAAAUGCUGCCGAAGGACCAAAUCGCACCAAGUCCCGCAUUCGCAGAAAGAGUUUGAGGCGAUCCAGACGGGUGCAAGGAACGCUGUGUCUGGGCUUAAGGACUGGCACAUGUGAGGAGAACAAAAAUAAAACCGAUGGUGACACAGAGCCCAAGAUCCUGUUUGAAGUUGGCGCUGAGGCUAAAGAGGAGGCAGAGGAGGGAGGACAGGAUUGUUUGACCUUCUUCCCUGUUCUAAAUGAGACGCCUGCUGUCACUGAGAGUUCACCUGACCCUUCAACCCUGGAACCCUGCUCGCAUACACAAGAAUGCCCCGACAUCCGCAUAAUCCUGCAGGACUUGCACCCUGGAGAGGAGGUAAAGGCUAAGAUGUAUGUAGUGAUGGUGAGUGGCCUCAGAGUGACAGAGGGGGUGCUGCUGUUUGGCAAAGAAAGCCUGUUCCUGUGCGAGGGAUUCACUCUCAGUCCCACCGGAGAUGUUUGUUGCAGGAAACACCAUCCCAGCAGUGUGAAGGAUUCCUUCCUCUCCACCAUGCUGAGUAAAGAGCUGCCCUCUGCCAGCUGUAGACGCUGGCUCUAUGAGGACAUCAGGGAGGCCCGCUUCAUGCGCUUCCUUUUGGAGGACAAUGCUAUCGAGGUCUUUAUGAAAAACGGACACUCAGCCUUCCUUGUAUUCCUGAAUAAAGACCACGUCGCUGCAUAUAAAAGGUUGUGCAUGGUGGUGUCCGCAUUAAAAGGCAGAGGGGUCACUGAGAUCAUUGCUAACGCCAGAAAGGCUCCUGUGUUUGAGAAGGCAGCCCUUGUUAAAUGGCAGAAAGGGGAAAUAAGUAACUUUGAGUACUUGAUGCAUCUCAACACCAUUGCUGGGAGGACAUACAAUGACCUGAUGCAGUAUCCAGUGUUUCCCUGGGUCCUAGCUGACUACCACUCGGAGACACUUGAUCUGUCAAAUCCUGCAACUUUCCGUGAUCUGUCUAAACCAAUGGGAGCUCAGACAGAGAAACGAAAACAAAUGUUUAUCCAGAGAUACGAGGAACUGGAGAACAGUGAGGGAGAUUUGUCAGCACGUUGCCACUACUGUACCCACUACUCCUCAGCCAUCAUCGUGGCCUCCUUCCUUGUCAGGAUAGAGCCGUUUUCACACACCUUCAAAUCCCUACAGGGAGGAUUUGACAUCGCAGAGCGGAUGUUUUACAGUGUGAAGAAGGAGUGGGAGUCUGCCUCCAAAGACAACAUGGGGGACGUCAGAGAGCUGAUCCCAGAGUUCUUCUACCUGUCUGACUUCCUGCUGAACUCCAACAACAUGCAGCUGGGCUGUAUGGAGGAUGGUACUGCUCUGUGGGAUGUGGAGCUGCCUCCAUGGGCGAAAGGUGACCCCCAGGAGUUCAUUAGAAACCAUCGAGAGGCCUUGGAAAGCGACUAUGUGAGUUCCCACCUCCACCAGUGGAUCGACCUCAUUUUUGGGUUUCGGCAACAAGGUCCAGCUGCAGUAGAAAGUGUCAACAUGUUCCAUCCGUACUUCUACAUCCAUAGAGGCCGGCAGAAUCCUAAGGACCCCCUUAUUAGGAGCACGAUCUUAGGAUACGUUAGCAACUUUGGCCAGGUUCCCAAACAGCUUUUUUCCAAACCACAUCCGCCCCGCUGUGGCUCUAAGAAAGAGGGAUUGUCAACACCCCAUCCAACUCCAUUUUUCUUCAAACUUGACAAACUGAAGACCACUGCACAGCCAUUCAGAGAGCUGCCCAGGGGCCCAGUGGGUCAGAUCCUGUGUCUGGAAAAAGAAGUGUUGGUGUUGGAGAGAAACCGUCUCCUCCUGUCGCCUCUGUCGUCCUGCUUCUUCAGCUGGGGCUUCCCUGACAACAGCUGUGCCUUUGGAAACUAUGCCACAGAGAAGACCUUUGCAGUGUGUGAGAGUUCAUGUGACUGGGGCACGAUGCUGUGUGCGGCCUGUCCGAACCCCACCACCGUCAUCACUGCAGGAACCAGCACAGUGGUGUGUGUGUGGGAUGUAGCAGUCAACAAGGACAAACUCACUCACAUGAGACUCAGACAGCCGUUGUACGGUCACACAGAUGCAGUGACAUGUCUGGCCGUGUCAGAGGUUCACAGCCUGAUGGUCAGUGGCUCCGGCGACCUCACCUGUAUCCUGUGGGAUAUGGAGGAGUUAAGCUACAUCACCCAGCUAGCAGGACACACAACCAGCAUCUCUGCCCUGGCUAUCAAUGACCUCACCGGUGAGAUUGCGUCAUGUGCAGGACCUCAGCUCUACCUGUGGACCAUGAAGGGUCAGCUGCUGACCUGCACUGACACUUCCUGCGGGCCCCAGGCAGACAUCCUGUGUGUGAGCUUCACUCAGCGACACGAGUGGGACACCAGGAAUGUCAUUGUUACUGGCUGUGCAGAUGGCAUCAUACAGAUAUGGAAGACGGAGUACACCAGAACACAAUUACCUGGCCCUCCAGAAGAGCCUGUGUCCCCAGGGCAAGACCAAACCGAGAGAGACGUGAGUAGCUUGCGCCCGGUGAAAGGCUGGGAGAGACUUCUGGUGCCGUGUCAAGAGCUGAACAGAAGUCAGGCUGGGUCGCAACGCCACUACAAAAAAAGUCCGGCCAUCACAGCUCUGGACAUGUCCAGGAGCCAUGCUACUCUGUUGGCGGGCGAUGCCUGGGGCAGAGUUUUCACCUGGACCAGUGAGUGAUGGGAACGUUGGAGCACAAUCAUGAGUCCAGACACCAUCUCAGUUCACCUCUUCCUCCUCUGACAGAGACACAGAGUAUUCAUCAGUGUCUCAGGUCUGACACAAGCUGAGAACAGUGUUACAAUUAUUCACAUGUUCAAGUCUCAGACAGUAUAAAAUAAGUUCCUGCUACAUUUGUAUUUAAUUCUGUAUUUUUCUUUGUAAAUAAUGAAUUUGAGCCUAUUUGAA